GUACCUUGUUAGCAAGUUUGUUUGCUGCCUGACUCCAUCUGCUGGGAAGACACCUUACUACCUGCUGUCCGCACUGCCACGUUUGGCAGGAGUGCAGAGGUGAAUCACCGUGCGUUCGCUCACUCGCACAGCCUUACUGUGGCUCUCUGGAUAUUUAAAUAUUGGGCAGCCUGGAGCAGUCACAGCAGAGAAGUCAUCCUCCCCUGCAAUACUUCGUGCACAGCCACUCGACGCUCUCCCGCAACGCGCGGGGUGCUGGCUCAGUUGCCUCUGGCUGCCCGUGUAGCAGGGGGCUGCACUUGCGAGGAGACCCGAGGCGCUCGGAGCAGGGUGUUCUCGGCCUCUCCCUUUUGUUUAAGGCGCUUACAUAACUUCUGGAGCAGAAACGGGAAUUUAGAUGACUUUGCCGUCAGGUGAAUGCUGCGGCCACCCCGUGUUGGUCUCCCCCGGCUCGGCGGACGAAGGGUCAACUACAACGUGUCUCUCCAGGAAGACUCCACAAUGAAAAAAACAACCCACAGUUGCCUCUUACUCAUCAUCCUUCUAAUUAGAAUGGUUCCAAGUCUUUCUUCUACUGUAAAUUAUACUGAUCCUACAUUAGAGCCUGUAGCAACUGAAAAUUCAGUCAUACGACAGAAGAUAAUAGAUUCGCAGUUCAAAUGCUAUGAGAGGAUGAACAGAGCUCCUCCAUAUAAGAAAAAAGGUCUGUUCUGCAACAGAACCUGGGAUGGCUGGUUGUGCUGGGAUGACACGCCUGCUGGAAGAAUCACUGCUCAGAAUUGUCCAGAUUAUUUUCCAGACUUUGAUCCAACUGAGAGGGCUUCAAAAUACUGCGAUGAAACUGGAAACUGGUUUCGCCAUCCUGAGAGCAACCGAACUUGGUCCAACUAUACCCUGUGCAACUCCUUCACCUCUGAAAAACUGAAGAUGGCGUUCAUACUUUAUUAUAUGGCGAUCGUUGGCCAUGCUUUGUCUAUAACAUCCCUGUUGAUUUCCUUGGCAAUUUUCUUCUAUUUCAAGAGCCUCAGCUGUCAAAGGAUAACACUGCAUAAGAAUUUGUUUUUUUCUUAUGUGCUGAACUCCAUGUUUACAAUUGCCCACCUCAUUGCUGUUGUGCCUAACCCAGACCUUGUAAAAAGGGAUCCUGUAAGCUGCAAAGUGCUGCAAUUCUUUCAUCAGUACAUGCUGGGCUGCAACUACUUCUGGAUGCUCUGCGAAGGCAUUUAUCUUCACACAUUGAUUGUGGUGGCAGUGUUUGCUGAAGAACAGCGUUUGCACUGGUAUUACCUCUUGGGCUGGGGGUUCCCUUUAGUGCCAGCAUCUAUUCAUGCUGUUGCAAGAGCCAGGUACUUCAAUGACAACUGCUGGAUGAGUGUUGACACGCACUUGCUUUAUAUUGUUCAUGGACCUGUAAUGGCAGCUUUAUUGGUCAAUUUUUUCUUUUUGCUUAACAUUGUCCGAGUUUUGGUGACAAAGCUAAGAGAUACCCACCGUGCUGAGUCCAACAUGUAUAUGAAAGCUGUCAGAGCCACUUUAAUCCUGGUGCCCUUACUAGGAAUUCAGUUUGUUAUUAUUCCCUGGAGACCAGAAAACCGACUUGCUGGAGAAAUAUAUGAUUACAUCAUGCAUAUAUUAAUGCAUUACCAGGGCUUACUUGUGGCAACUAUAUUCUGCUUCUUCAAUGGUGAGGUACAAGGAGCUUUGAAGAGGCAAUGGACACAAUACAAAACCCAGUGGGGCCAAAGGCGACGAGAGCACUGUUCGACACGAUCUACCUCCUACACUGCAACGUCAAUCACAGAGGUCCCUGUUUACCUGUACCAUCAUGAUUCUAACAAUGAACAGUUAAAUGGAAGAUAUGUAGAGGACUCUGAACUCGUUGCAUUAAAAUCUGGAGAGACAUCUGCCUAGCUCAGCACCAGCCGUUUCAAACACCUCAUUUCACAUUUUGUUUGUGAACAAAGUGGGGAGAAGGGUGGGAGUGAGGAAACCCAUGCCACUGCGGGAAAGGGCAAGACCAGGUGAAGGACACAUCAUAUUCAAACCACAUCACCCUCAGCCAGCGAUAGCAUAGAGGCAGGCUGAUGCAGAACUGGGAACAGCAUUUCUUCCUGUCCACUGCAGCAGGGAGUGAACUUGGACCUGCCCACCAGGCUAUGCCAUCUCCAGAUCUCCUGAUACCAGCUGUAUAAAGUGACCAUCCAAUAGUAGUAACAAUGCCAGGUAGCCCAUAGCAAACAGGAAAGAAUGAACCAGUAUGUUGUGACUGGAAACUCUCAGCAGUUUUUGCUUUCAGUCCUUUCCUUUAACACUAGAUUUUGAACUAUCAACUUUCGCAAGAUGUAACUGGCUUGGAGUCCUUUACUUUUCUCCUUUUAAUAAGCUUGAUGACUUUUAUUUUGCACAUUGCAAGAUAAAUCAAACAGAAGAACAUAAAAAGAAUGACUCCAAAGUAUUCAAAUGUUGAUAAUCUCCAAAGGAUUCCCCAAAAUAUAACAUCCCCAAAGGAUACCCCAAAACCAUCCAGUUAGCAGAUGCAUAAAAUAAAUGAAGGUUAAAUAGCCAUUGCAUACCAAGUUCUCAAACACCCUCAGAGGAACAGAUCAGUCCUUCAGGCUGCCUCAAUCAAGUCCUAAAGGCAUCUUAAAAUAGUUUUUGUUUAACAAUACUGGUAGUUCAAGAAUAUUUAUUUAUAGGAAAAAUUCCCACCCUAUUACUCUGCCCAGAGGCUCAUCAUUAAGGCACAAUUCUUUAACUCUGAAUAAACUGUGAAAUUUGUUUGGAAAUUAUGAUUUUCUUUGAUAGCCAUUCUGAGAUGAAUGCUAGAUGAAUGCUUGUCACUGUUACAAAAUUAUGAUCAUGGCAGUAAAGGAUCCCAGGUAAGAAAUGAGAAACUAAUAUCUUAGCACCAGAAGCAUCUAUUUUUAGAAUGUGGUUGCUGUUCUGAGUCCCUAACUAUUGAAUGUGACAAUAUCAUGUGUGUCUGUCAUCAGGAAAGCAUGAUGAAUACACAGUUUUGUGAGUAAUAAGCACCUUUUAUCACACAUUCAAAGCAUCAUUAGAGUCUCUAUGUGAUUACUGAGGCGGAAAUCAGGUCAGGGAGAAGUUGAUUUGCAGCUAGAAUUUACAGUACUGCAAAAGUUCUGCACAUCACAAAAGAAACAAAAUAGAUUAAUUUCCCACAUGAAGCUAAUUGUAAAGGACCUGCAAGCAGCAAGGCCAGUGCCAAGGACAUUUUACAGGGCUGUGACUCCUAUGGAGUUUUAUGCAUAAAAUGUCUAAUGAAUAUAAUAUCAUUCCUUCUUGAAAAACUGUCCUACAGGUACCCACUCCUUUCCCUUUGGCUGGGAUGUGCAUGGGAUAUUUCCAACGCUAACAACUUCAAAAUAUUCAUCACAGUCCCCCUUGGGUUUCCUUGCUAAUCCACUUGCGUCUGAUGCUUCAACCCCAGCCCAAGCAGGAAGAAGUGGUCAGAGGAGGAGGCAGCUGCAAGUGCCAGUGGUGGCACUUGCUCAUCUCACAUAUCUAAAUACCAGCCCUGACCUGGUAGUUGUAAAAAUACUGCCCUAUGUGGCAGGUGAAGGGGGAGAGACAGAAUGCCAUCCUUUAUACUGCAGUUGCAUUCAUGUGGGACUUCUGCUGCUGGUGUAAAAUACCAUCCUUUCCUUCAUUUGCUUGCUGCAGUUGCAUCCAUAAUGAUUUUUCUCCUUAACCCUGCAUAAGGUACUUAAAAUAUCAUAGUUUAGAAUAGCCUUAAAUCCAGAUCUUGAUAGAUAGUAAAAGAGAAAAGUCUCUUCCAGGAAUGAGUAUGUGAGGGACAGGCGAGGACCCAGCACUACGAGAAGGGACUGGAUUCCCACUACCUGUAUCUGGGGCAAUGCCUUGCAGGGAAGGGGUUUGCUCCAUUUGUGCCACCAGCACACACACGCAUCCACUGUGUGCCACUGAAUCUUCCUCCCCAGUGGGAGGAGCGAGCUGCCUGCGCUGCGACUGCAGAACAAGAGAGAGGAGCUGGGGAACAAGAACUAACUGUCCACCAGUGGUGGAGAUCAUCGCAUGGUUAAUCCAGUGGAACAUUUACAAAAAUAUAUGAUCAUGUGUAUUUGUUCAAGCCACAUACCUAUUUUUCAGCCUUCAAGGAAUACAAAGGUGGUUAUUUUUUCAGACAACAGUAUUUCGCAUAUUGCUAUUUAUACUUUUACCAGUGAACAAUGGGAAGUGAAUGAUCUAGUCAUUAAAGAAAAUAAAGUGGCUCUGCUAUGAAUGCUGUAUUUCUAAAUAGCUUUGGGACACACUGCACUUCCCAGGAGUGCUCCAGAAGGCGUUCCUAGUUUCUAAAGACACAGAUUAGCUGAUUGUAAAAGAAGUGUGCAAAAUAUAGAGUUUAAUAAUGAACAUGUUGGUUUUAAUAAUGUACAUUUACAACAUGUAAGUGCACGUUGUUUCACAGUCUUUUAUGUUCAUGUGGAUGUACAAAAUGGAAAUGCUUUGCCAUUAUAGUGGUGGUUUUCUUUCUUCACUGAUGAUAUUUUCUUGCUCUGUUCAAUAGAAUGCUCUGAAAAGUGAAAUUCAAGAUCUGGGGUUUAGGAUUGUGGUUUGAGCUUCAGGUGGUGGAAACACUGUGUGGUUACAUCAGUCUUUAUGGUGGCUUUGGUGUCAGUGGAGGGAUGAUGAUUUGCAGCCACUAAAAAUUUGGUCUAACAUGUGUACUGAGUUUAGGGCUGGCAUCACCCUUUGGCUUUGUAGGAAAGGAUGUGUUUUAGAGGUACUUACUGAAUAAUUUCUAGUCAAAAUAUUUUCUGACACAAGAUGCUAUUUUUCUUCAUCUCAAGAUGCUUUGAAAUGUUGUCAUUGCACACAGAAGGUAAAUUUCACUUCUCUGCUUUAUAAAUAGUACCAUACACUAGUGACAGUGAUACUGGGAAUGUGAUACGACCUCAAUAAUUGCAGUGUCUUGGCAGUAGGGUGUUUGGCCUCUAAUACAUUUCACAGGAACAGCACAAAUGCAUAAUUAAUGUAUCAGUGUAUCAAAAAGUAGGGAAGGUGCUGACACCUGAAUCAGUGGAUUCAAGUUGUAUUUUAAGAGGAAACCAACCUUACAUUAAUCACCUCUGCAGUACCUGGUUUCUCUCAAACAUCACACCCAACACAUGAAAACUCAAUUUAGUGAACAUGUGCUCUGACAGAGGGUUUGUGUGGUUGCUUUGUUUGAGCAACUAAAUCUAUCAGGAAAACGCUGGUUGUUAUUCUUUACUAGGUGCAAAAACACAGUACAAAUCAAAAUACUUUUUGUGGCAUGGGAUGCCGAAAGUAAGACUUGCUUUUUAUUUGAUCUACUUAAUAAAUAUGUUUUGGCUGAAAUAAACAGCAACAAAGGUAGAACAGACAAUUAUCUAUUAAAAUUUGUAGCAAUAAAGCUACCUUAACUAAAAGUCUGCCAGUAUUGCCAUUACAAAGUGCUCAUGUGUUCAUAAUGUAGCAACAUAAAUUUGUUUUGGGAUAAAACCAACCACACAAACGUGGUGAAUUUCUGUCCUCUUUUCCUAAAACCUCCUCCAUCCUUUACCAACCUUAAUAAACAAAAUCUGAGCCAUUUUCAAACAUGCAAAUCCUAAACACAAUGUGAAGGUAUCUGCAUUUCUAGUGCUUGGAAUUUUAAGUCAGAUGUAUCUUCAUGAAGCUAAAUAUGCACAGUUAUUUGAUUACUACUCAAAAAUAUGAGCAUUUGUAACCUAAAAGUUAUUUGUGUUGAAAUAGUAAUUGAUCCCAAGCCAAUGAGACUCUGCAGUGUGUGAGCAUGCCCUCUUUGCCCUCUGGCAGCACAGAAGAACUGAGCCCAGACAUGUGCAAUUUGAACUCACUGCUAACCACAUGGGGGGAAAAAAAGCAACAAAAAAGGAGACUUUGCAGAUAAUGUUAGUGCCAAACUGGGAAUUUUGAGUUCCUGGGGCAGCUGGGUCAUUGCAGUGUACCAUUGUACUUGUUCUAGGAACACCCACUUCAGAGACACUUGGCAAAAUGAAAGCGUGAGUCCUACCCAGCAAGAGUUAUCGGCCAGCAGUGAGGGAAAGUCAGACCUCUGGCUUGAAAUACCACCUCAGGAGGAAGAACAUGAUUAGCUCCUAAGUCAACUAUCUAGUAAAGUUUAAGUCCCUGGCCAGCCCUAAGAUUUAGAAUGGUGCCAAAGUUAUUCUGCUUUAACACCUAUAGUUCUGUGGCAGCAACUUAUUUCUUCUGUGGAAUCAAUUAAGGUACCUCUAAGGUUUAAUUUCAAAGUAUCUUUUUCAUGACCUGUGAUUGUUUCUGUACAGCACAGAGUUUUGCAGGGGCUUCCAGAUGAAUCAGAAAUUUCUAUUUAAGCACCCCUUUACUGAGUACUCAGAGCAUCAUUGAGAAAAUAAAAGAAAGUAUUUCUCAGCAUCCCAAGUUUAGAUCAGUAUGUUCCUUUCAGCCUAAUAAAUGACAGCCGUUUUAACCAGUAAAAUUAAGUGGUAAGAAGGUUAUCAUUACUAGGCAUGUGACACUGCUGCAGAAAAAACAUCAUGGUUAUCUGACUAACCAGGGUGUUGUAUGUGAAUCUCAUGAAACACAAAUCAGCCCAGUGUUAGGGAUGAUUUAGGCCUUGUUCAUCUGCCUUGGCAGAGGUACCAUUUCGACGACCUGUCAAGCUCCUGCCAAGACUAAUUUUCUAUGAUUUUACAGCAGCAGAGGUGGGCACUGUGCUCUGCUAGGGCAGGAAGGUACUUAUCUCUCAUUAUAUGCCAUCUGAGAUUUUCUUCAGAAUCCGAUUUCAGGAUCCAACAAGCCUAUCUAUAAAAGAAAAAAAAAAAAAAAAACACCAAAUCAAACAAACCACAAACCACCAAGUAUCUUCAGUCAAUUUUUAAAGGACAUCAAAUGUCUACACUGAUUUUAAGAAGCUGGUUCCUUUCCUUUCACUGCGAGCAAAUGCAACUUCGAGAAGUGACCGCAAGGAGGUUACUUCAGGUACUGUCUCAUGUGAAGCAGCAUGACGAGAUGCAGCUCCUCCAUUCCCAAGGGCUGGUGGUGUUAGUUUGCAUAAAUAUGGUCGAGGGGAUACAGCUCCUUCCUUCAUCUGCCCUGCAUUUCUCUCCACCUCAGUAUUGCCACCACAAGAAGUGUUUACUCCCCAAUCUGUGCAUCUUACACGUUUUCAGGAGGAACUUUUCUCUUGUACAGAUUGUACCUUAUGUAGACAUGCUGUUGAUCGAGGGCACACUUGCCACAAGUCGAACUGGAAUUAUGCAUUUUAUUCCAAACCGGUUCAUAGACCUCAGGUGCUUGGCCCAUAUUUUUUUUUUUUUAAAAAAUACCAACACUGGAAUUAUGAAAAUGAUAGGUACAGAUUUAAAACUAAAUUAGGGAUAGAAGUCUGAGCACACAGAUCAAAUAUCUUUAGAAGCAGAACAUCGCCUUGCUCUUUUUGACAGAAUGUAAUCCUGGUAUCUAAAAAAACUAACGUCCAAAAGCUCUUGAGAAGCUGACUGUUAGAUAAAAGGCACAAAAAAGAAAACAUCUGAAAAUAUUAGGUAGCAUACAUGUAUUUAUAAUUAAUUUUUAUAAGAACUGUGAUCAAGUAGAGAGUGACCCAUG